UCCCUCCUCCCUCCUCCCUCCAUCCCAUUCAGUCAAGUCUAUUAUAUAAAGCCUCUCUUUUGCAGUUUCUCUCUCUUCCUCUUGUUUCCCUUUCGGUCUCUCUCUCUUUCUAUUUGUUGGUUAAUAAUUUGUGAGAGAGAGAGAGAGAGAGAGGGUGGUUGAGAGGACGGUGAGUGGGGGAACCGGGGGAUUCUGAUGACAUCAAGCUUGUAAUGCAGAAUCCGUUCAAGGACCCACCACAAUCCUCAAAUUAGAUCACCACCGCUGGGAUCACCGGCAUCAAUCUCAACUAGUACCCAGGUGUCAGAAAACCCAGAACAGAUCUCAUCUGAGUGCCCCAUAUUCGAUUCUUUCUUCCACUCUCUGAAUGACACCUGUUGAGGGUUGUCUGUACGGCUGGGUUCUUUAAAGCUCUAAAGCAAAGCAAAGGCACUUUCAGUGGAUCAUUGAAGAAGAAACAAAGUUCAUUUUUACUUUUGGUUGGAUCUCUUCUUUUGAUUGGCGAUUGGUUAUUGCCUUAUUGGCUAAGAGCGAGUGUUUAGAUAGGAUUGAGGAGAAGACCAAUUGCUUGUUUUGUGAUUAUUGAUUACACUCUUUGAAAAGAAGAGGAGGCCCACCGUUGGGUUUUUGGUGGGCUUCUUUCUAUCCAAUAAAAACCCACCCACUGACCCACCCUAUCCAAUCCAACUAUAAUUCCCUCCAUUUGGUCAGCAUUUGCUUUUAGGUUCCCAGAAUCGGUUAAACAGACUAAUAGAAGUGGAAAAAAUCCCCUCAACUUUGUAAUGCUACUAUACUUUUUCAUUACUUGCCUCUCACUCCUCUUUUUCAAGAGUUUUCCUGUCAAGUCUCUCCCACUCCCACCAUGGGUUUUUGAGGUCCAAUUAUUGUUCUCCUCGAAAAUCAAAAGCCUUGUUUCAAUUGGUUUUCUUUCUCAAACUCAUUCCGCAAGGUCUAUGUCAAUGUCCGUAGGAGUAGGGAGUAGGACAACUAGUAUCGCAGAACACGAUGAUGAGAUUAAUACUGAACCACAGAUGUGUGUGUUGGACUUGCCAGAAUUGGUGUUGGAAUGCAUUCUGGAGAGGCUACCUGCUGAGUCCCUUUUCAGAAUGAGAGGGGUUUGUACCUCUCUGAGGGAGAGAUGUGUGACUGACCACCUUUGGGAGAAGCACAUGAAAAAGAAAUGGGGCAGAGUAAUUGGCCCUGCUGCUUAUAGGGAGUGGCAGUGGCAAUCCAUGGCCAAUCAAAAGCAGAGCCCGAAUCAGAAUCAGCUGACCAAGCCGCAAAAAGCAGCAGGCAAAGGCCUAAUGAGAAUUCUAUCACUGUCUCUUUCUUGGCCUUUGUCGUGGAUUAGAUCCUCCAGCGACCAUGAUGAAUUUAUCAAAAGCAGGAGGAGGACUUGCUUCCCGUCUCAUCAGCAUGAGAAUUCUGUCAUGUCUUGGUACCUUGCUCUUGAGACCGGCAGGUUCUGGUUUCCUGCACAAGUCUAUAACCGAGAGAAUGGUCAUGUUGGUUUUGUCUUGUCAUGCUAUGAUGCUGAGCUUAGCUAUGAUCCCCGCACUGACACAUUCCAAGCCAGAUAUCCACCACAUGGAAGGAGAGCAGUUGCAGUUGAGAAUUGUGUGCCCUGGGAAAGGCUUAGAGCACCACCUGUUGACACUUCGCCUCAUGAUCUUCAUAUCUCUGACUGUUUGAAUGAUUUGCGUCCUGGGGAUCAUAUUGAGAUUCAGUGGAGAAGAAAUAAAGAAUUUCCUUAUGGUUGGUGGUAUGGUGUUGUAGGUCACCUGGAAUCAUGUGAUGGGAAUGAGACUUACUGCCUUUGUCAUAAUAGUGACAAUGUGGUGCUGGAGUUCAACCAGUACGCACGUGGUUCACGGUGGAGAUGCACAACAAUCAGCCGGAAAAACCAUCGAGAAGAGGGAGACGAGGCAGAUGGUUUCUACGGGGGAAUCCGCAAGCUUUGCACCAAGGAAGAGAUCUCCGUGUGGAAGUGUCUUUGGCCAACUCAAGUCCUGGAAUGAUAGAACUAUGCAAUUUGCAUUUAGAGCUGACUUUUGAAAUGUUAAAUAUUCGUGUAACUAGUCACCUUAGUUUACUUUCAUUCUGCGGUCAUUUGUGUAAUCCAAUGAAAUGUCACACGCAUAGCUAAGAUCACCUUUAUCCCCAAGCCAAAUGCAAGUUUUGUACGUUUAGGGAAUUUGUCCUCAGCCUUAGAAAUCAGUUCGAUAGAGAGACACCGGCAACACUGUUAAGCAUAUUUCCUCGCCUCUUCCUUUUUUAAUUAUUAUUUAUUUUUUAUUUUUAUCUUUUC